AUGAAGGAGCCGUUGAGCACCUGCACUUACAACCUGCUCUACCAGGAUCUCAAGAGAUUCUCAAAAAAUGGAGAAUAUUUCUGCAAAGAACUUGUAACAGUAUUUCAGCAAAGAUCCGAGCUGGAAAUCAGCUACGCUAAAAGCCUGCAGAAACUUGCUGGGAAACUCAUCAGUGUGUCCAAAACAAUGACGAGCAACUCAACCUACAAUGCAUGGACCCUUGUAUCAAAUGAGAUGUUCUCAAUAGCAGAUGCACACAGAACACUAGGGCAAGCUCUUCAACAAGAUGCUGUUGUGGAAAUUCGUCAGAUGCUGGAUGAACACACCAAGAAGAAGAGACCACUGGAAAAUGCCAUUGAAAAAUCAAGGAAACUUGUCGUGACCAACUGGAAUGAACAACUAAAGGCAAAGAAAAAGUUGACUGGUUUAACCAGAGAGCACGAGGGACUCUUUAGCUUUGUGGAAAAGAACAAACACAUCUGCACAGAGAAAGAGAAACAGAAGAUGCUUAACAGAUUGAGCAAAUCAGCAGAGCUUCAAGUCAAAGUUGAUGAGGACUACUUUAAUAUGAACAUGGACAGCUAUCUGAUUAGACUGAAGUGGGAGAACACGCUUAAAAGCUGCUAUCAGAUUGUUCAAGAAAUUGAGAAGCAAAGGAUCGAGACUCUGAGCAACGCUGUGAAUAAAUACAGUCUCCACAUGUCCAGCUACAAUCAAACCCUUCUUCAUAGUCAGGAGCAGAUUGAGGCAGCCGCCAGAAGAGUGGAUGUGGAGAAAGACGUUGAAGCUCUGGUGGAAAACACCUGUGUUACAGCAGAUGAUGAUAUGGCUGAAUUCCUCAUCGUUGAUUACUUUGAGGAAGAUGGAAAGACGGUAAUGGAAAAAGAAAGACGAAGAGAUGCACUGAAGAUGAAACUCCAGCGACUCCAGGAAUGCAUUCUUAAAACCAGGAAAGAGAAAGAAGGGCUGGAGAAAAUGGUGGGACUAGACACUGAAAAUAUCUCACACACGAGUAAAAAAAACCUGGAGGAAAAAGAGCAGCUGCUUGAAGAGUCCAUUUUAAAACUGGAUCUUUUGGAGGCCACGUACUGCAAACUGAACCAAUCGAUGAUGGACUUGGAAGGGAAACCGAAACCUUUACAUCGUUUCAACGACAGCAUCACCAAAUUCAAAGAAAAGGAAGUUCAGCACAGCAUAGCUAAACUGCCUCGCCCAGUUCAGAUCAAAAAGACGUCAUUCAGAUCACGUCAGUCUUUGAGGACUUCAGUCAUUUUUAAGGGUCCAGCGAAAAAUGGUGUAGACCAUCAGGACUCUGUUCCCUCGAAAGAAGCCAGCAGGGGACCAGCAAAACACGCACACAAGCACAAGUCGGAGAUCAAUAGAGCAUCAUCAAGGCCUCAGGAGAAAACCAGGGAAUGUGCUGAGCUCUGCAGUGUAGGCAAAUGUAAAGCUUUAUAUGACUUCUCGUCCGAGAAAAAGGAUGAGUUAAACAUGAAAGAAGGAGAUCUUCUCAACAUCCUUCAAAAGGACAACAGUGGAUGGUGGUACGGAGAACUGAACGGGAAAAGAGGUCACUUUCCGUAUAAUUACGUUGAAGAGCUGCCUGUUUUGAAAAUGGCAAAGUCUUCUGAUGCUUAA